AUGGAACCCGCGAAAGCAGAGGAAAUCAAGCAAAAUGCAGAGCAGUUUAACAAGGAACUCGCUCAUGACGAGGCUCAUACGAAUAUCUAUAAAUUUCGCCCUAACACUUCACCUAAUGAAAAAGCGUCGAUAGCCAAAAAUGCUGAUCUCGAUCGUCACACUUCGGCCGGCAAGAGAGUAAUUACCGAUAUCUCUGAUUCUAGUGAAUCAAAAGUUGACCCGACGCAAAUUGCUGAACAGUCUAUACCAAAAUCUCCUGCAGCAGCAGCAGCUGCUGCUCCACCAAAGCCUGUAGAGUUUCCGAAGUGGUAUCGAGUCGGAUGGAAACAAGUUGCCAAUCCUGGAUCGAAAGAAGCAGGGAUUGAGGUUUAUGAUAGCGUUUUGAAGGAAUUAUAUUAUAGUAACUUGUGGGAAAACUCGGCUGUUGUUUUCGUGAGCUUUUUUGCAACUUGGUUUAUUGCGUAUUUCGGCUUUAGCAUUGUGUGGUUGACUGUCAUCUUGGCAUUUGUUGCAACUUAUUUCAGAACUACCUACUCUCGAUUUGUUCGCGAUGCUCGAAGCGAUGCAGCGCGUGAUCUAGCACUCAGUGCAGAAACAAUAGAGGAACCUAUUGAAUGGCUUAACGAAUUUAUUCGACGCUUUUGGUUAAUUUACGAACCAAUUCUUUCGGCAACGGUCAUUAAACAAGUAGACAGCAUUCUCGCUGCAUCAACACCGGGUUUUCUAGAUUCUAUUCGAUUGACAACAUUCACACUUGGCACUAAACCUCCUCGCGUCGAGAAUGUUUUGACAUAUACGAAGGUGGAAGACAAUACGAUCGAAAUGGUUUGGAAUUUUGGAUUCGAACCAAAUGAUUCGGCAAAUAUGACUAGAGAGCAAUUGAAGAGAAAGAUCAGACCGAAAGUUGUGCUGACUACGCGUGUUGGACGUGGCGUGGUUGGAGCAGGCAUACCGAUAUUGGUAGAGGAUAUGACGUUCCGUGGAAAGCUGAAAAUUAAAAUGAGCUUGGCGGAGGAGUUUCCCUAUAUACAUACAGUGCGCCUAUGUUUCUUGGAAGAGCCAAAGGGUGUUAGGGAUGAGGCAGUGUGCGGAGAGUUGGAUAUUCCUGGAUUGUCAGGCUUUAUCCAUAAUACCAUACAUUCAAAUUUGAGGCCUAUGAUGUACUAUCCGGAAGAAUUUACUAUCGACGUCGGUGCACUUGUGAAAGGAGUUGCAGUUGAAUCAGCAAUUGGUGUCCUGAAAUUGGUUCUUCACAAUGCACGCAACAUUCGUAAUAUGGAAUCGUUUGGAACUUCAGACCCCUAUGUGAAAUUCGCGGUCGGACCAUUCAGAAAAGAGCUUGCUCGCACAAGAGUUAUUGAGAACACGUUGUCUCCGUAUUGGAGCGAGACUCACUAUCUCGUAUUGAAUAAUUUGAUCGACGAUUUACACCUGGAAAUUUACGAUGAUAACGUCGGACGAGAUAAAACGUUGGGCAGUGCCACAUUCAAGCUUGAGACUUUGGUUACGAAACCCAAGGAUUCCAUCACUGCUCCUAUUUUAUUCGACAAUGUUAAUUCUGGCGAGAUUUACUUCGACGUUGAAUGGUUACCAAUGGCUGAGCGCGUUCCUGAACAGCCGAUCCCACAGUCUAACGUUGGUAUUAUACGCCUGACAAUCGAUCAAGCUAUAGACUUGGAUCCACAAAAAUCUACAGUGGGUGAAUACAAUCCGUAUGCGGAGCUCUACUUCAACAAGAAGCUUGUCCAUACUACGAAGAAAAUCAAACGAAGCAACUCUCCUUCCUGGAAUGAUAUUAUCGAGUUAUUCGUACCUAACAAACAGUCGGCACAUCUGGGUGUGAUCAUUCGAGAUGCACGGGAUUUCGCAGAGGAUCCGGCAGUCGGCGUAUAUCGCUGUCCACUGAAAGCACUGCUAACGAGCUUGGAAUCAAAAGUAGAUACCUUUAAUUUAAUGUACGCUGAUUCUGGAAAGAUAAAAUUGAAUUGCGAAUGGAAGCCCAUUUUAAUGGAUUACAUGCCAAAUGCCUCCGGAUAUGUCGAUCCGAUUGGUGUCGUUAAGGUCCACAUCAAAUCUGCGAAUGACUUGAAGAAUGUAGAAGCCAUAGGCAAGUCCGAUCCCUAUGUCCAAGCCCUUCUUGGCUCGAAAUAUCGUGAUCGAACGGCGGUUAUAGAUAACAAUUUGAAUCCUGUCUGGUCAGAAGAGUAUCUUUAUGUUCCGGUUCAUUCAAUCAGGGAAACUGUGCUUCUUGAAGUCGUUGAUCAUGAAUUGAGAAAAAAAGGCCAGUUAUUGGGAAGAUGUGAAGUGCCUGUUAACAAACUUGCUACAGAGAACAAAGACGGAACUUAUGUGUCCAAUGGGACUUUGACUGAAACGGCAAAAUUGUUCAUCAAUAAGGAACAACGAGGCGAGUUGUCAUACGAAGCUACAUUCUAUCCUAAGGAAACCAAUGCAGUACAGAGUCAAUCUGGUACCUUGGUGCUCUACUUGAAUGAAGCGAAAAUCGAAAAAUCUAACCUGUGUGUCAAAUGCCUAAAAGACAAUGACGCUUAUCCAUUCUAUGAAACAAAUGCUGCCAUAUACCCUAAUCCGAUGUGGGAAGAAGCAACUGAUUUCUUUGUCAAGGAACUCGACUUCUCUCAACUUGCUUUGGAAAUUUAUCAAACCGGCUCGUCAACCCCUGUCGACGUUCUUGACAUUGGCGUUAAGAUGCUAAUAGAGAAGAUGCGGAACGAAUUGUCAAAAGAUGAAGAGGGUCUUUGGUUUACAGUACCCGGCAUCGCUGGAGCCAAAAUUAACAUUUAUGCAAAAUUUAUCCCAACUACAGUACCAAUUGAGGCAUCAGAAAGCGUCAACAAUCAAGGAAAGAUACAAGUAACUGUCAUCAAAGGAAAGAACUUGCCUGCGGCAGACCGAUCCGGAACAAGUGAUCCUUACGUAGUAUUCGUACUCAACGGCAAACAAGUGCACAAGACCAAAACUGUAAAGAAAGAUUUAAAUCCGGUUUUCGACGAAAGUUUCGAAGUUCAAGUGAAAUCUCGUACUGCGGCCGAAUUCUACUUUGAGGUGUUUGACUGGAACGCAAUCAGCAAUGCCACAAAAUUAGGCAUCGCAGAAAUCGAUCUACGCGAUUUGAACCCAUUUGAAGGCGUUGAGCGCGAAAUACCCCUUGCUGAAAAUCAAGGAUCGCUUUUCGUGCACUUGCUUUUCCGCCCCGAAUUUGUAAUGAAGAAACGAGCAACUUCAGGCACGUUUUCGGCGGCCGGUAGUGCUGCUGUGAAUGUUGCUUCUAGUGCUGGACAGGGCAUUGUUGGAGCAGGAAGUACGAUCGUCGGCGGUGGAGCAAGGGUUGUUGGUGGUGGAGCUAAAAUUGUUGGUGGUGGCGCGAGAGCGGUCACUUCAGGGUUUGGUUUGUUGGGCAACAAGAAGGGCAGUAUGUCGGAGAAAACUUCUUAA